GUAAGCAAUAAGCAUAUUAUUAUUGUUCUAUGGUAAACAUGGCGGCAUUCGCACUAUCAAAGCGUCGUAGACAAUAAUUUAGACGCAGGCUGGUUUGUUGUUGUUCGCCAGUCGUGGUCUGCCGGCUGUCCGUAAUCGUUAUUUUUGAACGGGCGCUUCGGUUAACUUUGAGCGAACUGCAUUAUAUUAUUUUCACCACGUGCUUUUUCCCGUAAACCGUUUUCGAAAUGGAUCAAGACGAGGACUGGGAUUCGCCCAGCGACAUACAAUAUCAACCGCAACGGGAGUACGUGCCUCAGCAACAGUACAGGCAAACGAGGCCCGCCAAUCCCGACGACUUGCUCGUGGACAUCGACUCCCAGUUCGCGGGCUUGAUCAUCGGGAAAGGUGGCUCGGUGAUCAAAGGCCUGAGAAAGGAAACCGGCGCGUUCAUCUCGGUCUUGGACAGCGAUUCGUACGGGUUGAAAACCGUGAAGAUAUCGGGAAAUCAAAAAGCCAGAGACCACGCUCUAAAGCUCGUUAACGACAUCGUCGACGCGAACAACCCGGAAAAGAUUAAACAAAAGUUGCAACAAGAAUCGGAACAAGCACCGGUUCAGUCGACUUUUAAUUGGGACGAGUUGAUGAAAGAAGAAGCAGAAAAUCUUAAACAAAGAUUAGCGGCCUUGCCGCCAAUUGUUAAGAAUUUCUAUAAAGAACAUCCCGAAGUGACCAGGAUGACUGAUCAGGAAGUCGAAGACUUCAGAAUGUCCAAGAACAACAUUAUGAUCAAAUAUAUCGAAGAGAAUAACGAUAAGCCAAUUCCUAAACCAGUGUUGAAAUUUUCACACGCAUUUGAAGAUUAUCCGGACAUAUUGGAAGAAAUACAAAAGCAAAAGUUUGAAGUCCCGUCCCCCGUACAGUGUCAGACGUGGCCUGUCAUCAUGAGCGGCCACGACUUGAUAGCUAUCGCACAAACUGGGACGGGCAAGACAUUGGCCUUCUUGCUUCCUGCUUUUAUUCAUAUCGAUUUUCAACCGACUCCUCGUAGUGAAAGAAAAGGACCAUCUAUAUUAGUAUUAGCUCCAACCAGGGAAUUGGUGUUACAAAUUGAAAGCGAAGUUAAAAAAUAUAGUUACAAAGGCAUUAAAGCCAUGAGUAUUUAUGGUGGGGCAAGUUCUGGAAAGCAAAAAGAAGUUCUGCGGAAAGGAGUCGAAAUCGUUAUUGCUACUCCUGGUCGACUUAAUGAUUUUGUUGGUAGUGGUGCUAUUGACUUAUCUGAUGUGACAUUUUUGAUACUUGACGAAGCUGAUCGUAUGUUGGAUUUGGGUUUUGAACCUCAAAUACGUGUUUCAUUACUGAGGGUUAGGCCAGAUAGACAAACCAUAAUGACCAGUGCAACCUGGCCACCUGGAGUUAAACGUCUUGCUAAAAGCUAUACGACUAACCCCAUUCAAGUUAUGGUCGGAUCAUUGGAUUUGACAACAGUCAAUACUGUAAAACAAGAUAUUCUUAUAAUGGACGAAGAAGAAAAAGAAGUUUGGCUUGACGAUUUUCUGAAAAGCUGUAGUGCAGAUGAUAAGAUCAUAAUAUUUGUGAACCGAAAAGUAACUGUGGAUCAGCUUUCGUCAGAUUUAUGUAUGAAGGGAUACAUUGUUGAAUCCAUUCAUGGUGGUCGUGAACAAUGUGAUCGUGAAAUGGCUUUGGAAAGCUUACGUAAUGGUGAAGUUAAUAUUUUAAUAGCAACAGAUGUGGCUUCUCGUGGUAUUGAUAUCAAUGAUAUUACAGUGGUAAUAAAUUACGAUUUUACUAAAGAUAUUGAAGAGUAUGUGCACAGGGUAGGACGUACAGGGCGAGCUGGUAAAACUGGCUUGGCAAUUACUUUAAUGACUAGAAGAGAUUGGGGUAAGGCCAAAGAUUUAGUAGAAGUGAUGGAAAAAUCUGGACAGGAUGUACCUCCAGAGUUGCAAGAAAUGGCAUCGAGGUAUGAGGCUAAGAAAGAACGAGACAGAGCUGAAGGAGGUGACAGGCCAUUUAGGGGUGGAAGAGGAGGCGGAAGAGGAUUUUCGAGAGGAGAUGGAGGAUUUUCGGGAAAUAGAAGAAAUAAUUAUUAAUUUGUAAUAAUCUUGUAAAGAUCUGAUAAAUUAAUAAUCUGUAAAGUUUUUCUAUGUAUUAUGUUAUUCCUUAUAAUUUUUUAUAUUAAUUUCAAAUUGUUCAAGUACUAGUUAUGUAUAAUUUUUAUUUAAUGUUUAUAAUUAUCUAUACUGUUAAUGUUAAAUCAUAUAAUUCUUUAACAAAUGAUUAAACGAGAAUGUUUAAUACAAUUGUGUGUAUGUAAAAAAUUUCACGUAUGGUAAAUUACGUAUUAUACGCACAUGAUUCUUUUUGAGAAAUUAA